AUGGGCAGAGAAUACAACCUCAACACUUACUCACUGAAAGUUCCCCCAAAAACAGACAACGUGGCUCAAGGGACAGCAAUCAAGGAGGAUGUUAGUCCAGACUGGGCGAAGAGCCCGCUCCGCACGGGGCUGCGGCCCCCUCCCGGGGGGUUUCAGAGAGCGGCCCUGAGCCCGCGCUCGGCCGGGCCCGGCCGCCCGGUGCCCGUGGCAACGCGGCGGGCGGGGCGGCGCUUCCGGGCGGCGCCGGCGCUGACGCGGCGGGCGGGGGCUGACGGCGCCGCGGCCGCUCCCGUGGACUAUGAUAUUGAGGAAGAUAAGCUGGGUAUCCCCACUGUACCUGGGACAGUGACCCUGAAGAAGGACUCUCAGAAUCUGAUUGGGAUCAGCAUUGGAGGAGGAGCACAGUACUGCCCCUGUCUCUACAUUGUCCAGGUGUUCGAUAACACUCCAGCAGCCUUAGACGGCACCGUAGCAGCUGGGGAUGAAAUCACUGGGGUCAACGGGAAAUCCGUCAAAGGGAAGACCAAAGUGGAGGUGGCCAAGAUGAUACAGAUGGUAAAGGGAGAAGUGACAAUACACUACAACAAGCUUCAGGCUGACCCAAAGCAGGGCAAGUCUUUGGAUAUUGUAUUGAAGAAGGUAAAGCACCGGCUGGUAGAGAACAUGAGCUCGGGGACAGCAGAUGCCCUGGGGUUAAGCCGAGCCAUACUUUGCAAUGAUGGACUAGUGAAGAGAUUAGAGGAGCUGGAGAGGACUGCAGAAUUAUACAAAGGCUUGACAGAGCACACCAAGAGUCUUCUCAGGGCUUUCUUUGAGCUAUCACAGACACACAGAGCAUUUGGAGAUGUUUUCUCUGUCAUUGGUGUACGGGAGCCACAACCAGCUGCCAGUGAAGCCUUUGUGAAAUUUGCUGAUGCCCAUCGCAACAUUGAGAAGUUUGGGAUUCACCUUCUGAAAACAAUUAAGCCGAUGCUUACUGACUUGAAUACCUAUCUGAAUAAAGCUAUUCCUGACACGAGGCUGACUAUCAAAAAAUAUCUGGAUGUCAAGUUUGAAUAUUUGUCUUACUGCCUGAAAGUCAAAGAGAUGGAUGAUGAAGAGUACAGCUGCAUUGCUCUGGGUGAGCCUCUCUACCGGGUCAGCACUGGGAACUACGAGUACCGCCUCAUCCUGCGCUGCCGUCAGGAGGCUCGCACGCGCUUUGCCAAGAUGAGGAAGGAUGUGCUAGAGAAAAUAGAGCUCCUGGACCAGAAACACGUGCAGGACAUCGUGUUCCAGCUCCAGCGUUUUGUCUCCACGAUGUCCAAGUACUACGACGACUGCUACGUUGUGCUCCGGGAUGCGGAUGUCUUUCCCAUCGAGGUGGAUCUUGCUCGCACCACUCUCAGCUAUGGGCAGAAGGACACGUACACAGAUGGGGCGGAAGAAGAAGGAGAAAGCGAGAGAGAGGGUAAUGGGAGGGAGGAUGCAAAUGGAGAGAAGCUCAUUGAUGAUGCCUGAGUGUGUCAGCAUGGCCAGAGGGAGGACUUUGCAGACUUAUGAAAACAUGUAUUUCACGUGGCCAUUCAUCCUCCAUGAUUUCUCUGUGUGUCCAGCCUGGGAUUCCUCCUCUGCUUUGGGUGGGGUAGCUGGUUGGAUUGGGACCAACCUCUGCUUUCCUCUCUUUUCCUUUGCUUGUUUGCCUGGAUAAUUCUUUUUGCCCUUGGAGACUUCUGCUACCCAACCUGGUUACUGAGCUGUGGGGAGGAAAAGCCACUCCUACACCGCCAUGUGCCCCUGUGCAGGCAGGUCUCUGCAUCACUGCUUGCUGUCUUCAAGCUCCUUCUGAGGAUCCACCUUAGGACUGUGAUGGAAAUACCCCAGCUUUAAACAAGCAAGGAGACACAAAGCCUUGUGGAAAGAGGAAGAAGCUUUGGGGUUUUUUUAGUGUAAAGAAUGAGCAGCGUGCUCUCCUCUCUGCACAACUAUUUUAUGCUGCCUCUGGGCUAGCUAGUAGCAAUAGCUAUCUUCCCAUUCCCUAGUACAAGGGAAGCUGGGAAAGGAAAGCUGAGGUAAGUGAGAGUGCUUCUUUCCUUUUCUCUUCCCCUCCCUCCAUCCCUUUGGGCCAAUCCCAGAUGCAGAUGGCACUUUCUCUGUUAGUGUGCAGCACAAUUGCCAGGAGCGGUGGUGUUCUUGGGCCAGGGGUUUUGACUUGAAUUCUCUGUCCUUACAUUCUAGUGGUCAUGGGAGAAGUUAUUUAAGUGCAUUAAUUUAUGAUCAGGAUUUUUUUUUUUUUUUGGUAUUUGUGUUUCUCUUUGAUUUUGGAGCUUCUUUAUCUCUUUGGGUGCCUGGAAAAAAGCCAUCCAUGGUCAAGCUGCUCUGGAGAAUUUAAACAGACUGGUGUAGUGACUAUUGUCUGUAAUAAAGAAAUAUGUGACUUUUCAUUUCAUGUACUUCAUGCCUUUCCUAUGAGAGAUUUGUUUGCUUAUCUUGUAUUGGUUUUAAUCUUAAACUAUAAUCUUGG